UCUGCCUCCUAUCUGCAUCUGCUGCAGAGCUUAGCCAACACGCAUCUAUGCUCUCUCUCUUGUUUUCCCACUACCUUCCUUUUUCUACCCACCAGAAAAAAAAUCCUUCCUUCCUUUCCUUUCUUUUUUCUUUGAUGAGGGAGUCAGCGCACACCUACAGCCGUGGAGUCUGGGGGGAGACAUGGGGCAGUCACUAGUCGUCACUUUGGUGUAUUGAGGACGGCGGUGAACCGGAGGAGAGCGCCGGAUGGGAUAGGAGCCGUGAAACCUACAUCACUCACCGCGGAUUGAGCAAGCCUCCCCCCUUCCUCUCUCCUCCCUCUCUCACUCUCUCUCUCUCUCUCCCCCGUCUCUCCCUAGUCUGCAGCCUCCAAGAACAGCCGCCGCAUCAUUUUUUCAGAGCAGCAGCCCCCUCCCUACCCCUCCUUUCUCCAUCCUCUCUCUUCUCUCCAUCUCCCUUUCUGCUGCUUGCACCACUGUGGGAAUGCAGCGAAGGUAAACGAGUCGUUGAGGCACCCCCCCUUUUUUUUGGUCUCCCACCAAAUGCCGGAUCUAUCAUCUCAGUGACGGACUGCAGCUGGAGACAGCUCUGGAGACACACGGCUGUCACUCCUGGAAAUCAGAGUCGGGGUGGUCGGACCAGGAUCAGUUGGAUUUAGCAGGCUACUCCGGACACCAACACCACCCCAUCUCGGUGGCAGAUCAAAUCAGAUUCUUUUCUGCCCUGCCUCCUAUCAGUUUCGGUGGCUUUUCCCCCCACGACUGGAUUACCGACAGCUGGAGCGACCAAAAGGGUGGCCGGGCAUGUAGAACUGAGGGCUGUUAGAGGCAAACUUGAAGUAGCCGACAAAAACACCUGCGAAAGAAGAAGGAAGCCCUCAGGCGUAUGUCUAAAAGAAAAGAUUAACUCAAAGGAAACCCUAAGAGAAUAAAGGAAUAAAGGAACAACCAGUGGUUUGUAUUUCAAGGACCUUAUGCGGCCGAUAAUCAACCAAUUGAGAGUGGAGAAGGGUGCUGCCGUAGCCUGGCUUGUUGAUGUACGCACGCACACACGCACAUGGAUUUACAGCUCCAGUCUGAAGCUCACCACGCAGCGGAUCGAUAUCCUUCUCCGUUCUUUUUAGCGUCGGCUUUUUUUAACAAGGGAGUGAAGCAUCUUGGGAUUUAUCAUCGCUUCGUUAGCGCUGAACUACAGUGAGGCGCCCCCUCGCUUCGCUCUCUCACCUGUCCAUAACCUGUGUGCUCCUGUGGAAGUGUGUGUAUAUUCGCGUGCAUAUUUGUGUGGUGGUGAGUGUGUGUGUGUGUGUGUGUGUGUGUGUGUGCGCGCAUGUGUGUACUUGGUUUGUUGUCCGCCAGAGGGAGUGUAGGAUAUAUUGCUUGUGUAUGCAUUUGAGUACUGUGCCAGCUUUUAAUUAGUAGAACGUGACUGUGUGUGGUUGUGUCUGCUUGUGCUCUUGGGUGCUUGUGUUUAAGGUCAGGUUUUACAUUUGUGCAUGUAGAUGUAUAGGCUAGGCAUUUUGUGGGUACUUACUUAAGAUGCCCAACAUUUCCUGUGCAUCACAUCCCCUUCCUAGUUCACGCCCUUGUGUCAUUUGGCCACCUGUUUGACCUCCUGAACACCUUAAGAGACAAAAAAGCUCGAGCAGGAUGAGUGAGCGCUCUGGUGCAAGUAGUCUAGCAGCCAUGACGCUGGAGGAGCCGGGGGCUGAACAGGCUUCUCCCCGAGCCCCAGGCCCUCUCCGCUGUGGCCCUUGUGCUGUGUGGCCUCGCCAGCAGACCUGGCUGUGUGCCGUGCCCCUGGUAAUGGGCUUUGUGGGACUGGGACUCAGUCUCAUGCUGCUGAAAUGGAUCGUGGUGGGAUCUGUCCAGGACUAUGUCCCCACUGAUCUGGUGGAUCCUAAAGGUAGCAUUGGACAGGACCCUAUAUUUCUCUCCAAACCCAGUGCCAUGCCCAAGGGGCCUGAUAUUUCCACCGCCACCACUACUUCAGCUGCCUCUACCACAGCAAUGGUGUCAACUACCACUCCGCUAGCUGCGGAUGGUACAGCCCCAGCUCCAAGAACUCGAUCAGGGCCACCAGCAAACCACUCAGCCAAUGGCAGCACUGCCAAUGGAGAUGGCAACCGCGCCCCACACCUUCAUAAUCGUGUUGGCACCCGCAUUAGCGGGACUGUGGUUACCACCUCCACCACUCGCGCCACCCGACUCACCCCACCACCCAGCGGUAAGGAGGUCACUCCUCGCAGCACAGUUAGAAAAGGGAGCAGCAGUGGUAAUGGACAUAAAGGAGCUGCCAACUCAAAGCCGGGACAGACUUCUGCUACCAUCACCACCACAGCAUCCACCUCAACUACUGUUACUGUGAAGACCACUGCCAAGGUGCAGCCAACCACCUCCCAGCCAGCAGCCCCAGUCAAACCCACGUCACGCUGGAAUCAUGGGCGCCCAGGCAAGGGCCCAGCCACACGCCCACACCACCGCUUCCGAACACCAAUGGCCCCCACACUUCCUAGCCCACGUUCAGAGGUCUUCAAGCCAUGUGUGGAAGACAAGGACCUGGCCUUUUGUCUUAAUGAGGGGGAGUGCUCCAUCAUCGAAACUGUGGCUGGGGUUCACAGACACUGCAGGUGUAAGGAGGGCUACCAUGGACUACGCUGUGACCAGUUUGUACCCAAGACGGAUGCUAUCUUGUCAGACCCAACGGAUGAACUUGGGAUCGAGUUCAUGGAGAGUGGUGACACCUACCAGAGGCAGGUGCUGUCCAUCUUCAGCAUUGCCUCGGGGAUCUGUCUUCUUGGAGUGGCAUGUAUGGCUCUCUACCGCCGCAACAAGAGACACAGGGAAAAACUCCAGGCUCAUUUCUCUGAUAGUCGCAGCCUGAGGGACUGCAGUGUCAACGCCUCUGGUCUCAUGUCCAAAUCUACUCCCAGGCUUCAAUACAGCCUUCAGCUCCAAAAGAGCUGCACUUCUCAUGGCUCGUCUGUUAAGGGCAACAGCGUGGCACCAGGCACAUCAGUGGUGGCCCCACCUAUUCUCAGCAGAGCGCUGUCUAAAGGGAAACGCUUCAGGAGUAGUUCGCUUUCACUUAGUCCUGCCCAACAACGGAGGGAGACUAAUUAUUUCAGGACCCCACCUGUUUCCAGAGGGAAACACAAAAUAUCGACAAAUCUCAUUGAUGGAUCCCGAGUGGCUGGACAUGUGUACAAACACUUGCAGGAGGAUGAAUCAACAGACGUGGAGUCCAUAAGAAGGUGUGAUUCUGCCAGUGGAAGGGUCGGUGCCCUCCUCAGCAGGACCUCGCUCUCUCACUUCACAGCCAGAAAAGGAUGGACCGAGGUCCCCUGCACACGCCUGGAUAAGGGAACAACCUUCCUUCCACCCUCCCUGCGCACCCGCUCUGUGCCCAUCAUCCCUUCACUCCAAGCGAGUGACCUCGAAGCGGGCCACAUGGACAUGGGCGAGCGGAACCGAGCGGGGCUCCUCAAAUGGCACCCUGCGCUGGCUGGAAAAGCAGCGGUGCCCAUUAGCAAUUCUCCCUCUCCUCCAUGUGAGACUGUAGUGCUGGCGCCUGGUGUUAUGCCCAGCAGUGUUAACCCUCCUGCCACCGCCGCCAUUGCCCCACUGAGCUCGGAGAAGAAUCCCAGCACUGCGCAAACACCCUGCUCUAUUGAAAUUACAGUGGAACUCGCACAGGAAUUAAAACAGAAAAGCCUCUCCAGCUCCAUGAAAAUGUCCGGGUCUCACAGCGAGAUCCACCGCGGUGGCACAAACACUCUCGAGACCGGGGUUGUGCAGGAGUCAGAAUGGAAAAGUGUCCAAUAUCCCGCUAGAGCUCUGCACACAGGCAGUGGGACCAGAGGUUUGAAGGCAGUAGGCCAAAGAGAGGCCCAGGGACAGUGCCAAGGUCAGACAUCCCUCGUGUACGGAGGCGCAAACUGCUCCUUGGCCACCAAAGGACCCAGCUGCAGAGGAACUGGAAACGCUUACGCCAAGCCCUCCACAAGCUGAUUGGAUUAACUCUGUAAAGCUUCAAAGACACUGUUUCCAAUAACUGUAUACCUUUUCUGGUGGCACAGGAUGGUUAGCAGGUGGAACCAUCUGUGUGGCCACAAGGACCAAUAACAGAUGGCCAUCAAUUUUGAAGGAACUCGAACAGAUUGAACUGCAGAGGGAAAAACAUUGACACAACAAAAGACAUCAAAUUAUAAAGAAAAAGAGACAAAUAAACACACAUUGUGAAUAAAUGUGACUCAAUAAGGAAAACAAAACCGUGACUUGAGUGGGAGCUUGACUUAAACAGUGUAUUGAAAAAAAUGCCACUAUUUAAAAGGAGCUUCUACUUAGAAACCAAAAUAGUGUGUCAUCUCUAUGUUGUUUCUCUAAUGUAAAGAAAUGAAAUUAUAUAUGUCAUAUAAUAUAUGUCAUAUAGACGUAUAUAUAUUUGACAUACAAUUGUGACAAAAUAAAGACUAAGAUAACAGUGUUAA